GGAACGAUCUUUCGUGCGGGUAGGAUACCGUUGGUCUGAAGCGUAUGAUUGUGCGACACUCAUAGCCGAAUCAAAAAUAAAAGGAAGAACUCGAAACGUGAACGCAACGCGGUAUGCCACAUUUCUGAAAAAUAGUUUCUCGUCUCUUCUCGUGCCCCAUGGAAUCAAGUCGGUCGGCCAAGAACUAAAAGAAAUGUUUGUGCAUUCCAUUAAAAUGUGAAAAGUACAAUUUGUUUUUAUUUUUUGUUUUGUGUUUUUUUUUGUUUUUAAUUAAAUGAAAUCAAAUAAAAGUCGAACGGAAAGAGCCACAGUGAGCACGCCGUAGUUUCUGAGUGCAGUGCUAGCUAACCUCCCUGUAAAUAGUAAGAGCUUACAAGUGAAGAGGGAGAGCGCAAAGAGAAUGAGAAAAUGAUCAACCAAAAGUAUUGUUUUACGUGAGAAUAAGAAAAAAAAAAAAAGAAAAACAAGGAAUGAAAAACGUGAUAAAACACAACAAUAUCCAUCCACGGAAGAUUGAAAACAAAAUAUACAAGUGAUCGAUAAAGUAGUGAAAUUAAACAAAAACACAUUUGUGUGGAGUGAAAAAAGAAAGAAAAGAAAAGAAAAACAGAACAAAAACAUCCAUCCGUGCUGGUUUGGAAGCACAGGCCAAUCCUAUCCACAGAUCGAACAAAUGCCGCAUGCAUAAAAACUUGGCAUCAUUUGGAGGAUAGGAAAUACACAACAAAAUAUGGUUGUGCCCACAAUGGAUACCCUGCCCCGCGUCCCCGACACACACGGAGAUGUGGUCGACGAAAAGCUAUUUUCCGAUUUAUAUAUCCGCACAACGUGGGUCGAUGCCCAAAUAGCUUUGGAUCAAAUCGACAAAGGUAAAGCCCGCGGAAACCGUACAUCCAUUUACCUACGUUCAGUAUUUCAAUCACACUUCGAAUCUCUGGGCAGCUCGGUGCAAAAGCAUGCCGGCAAGGUUCUAUUUGUGGCAAUUCUAGUAUUAAGCACAUUCUGCGUUGGCCUCAAAAGUGUGCAAAUCCAUUCGAAAGUCCACCAGCUUUGGAUACAGGAGGGCGGACGACUCGAGACCGAGCUGGCGUACACACAGAAGACCAUAGGAGAGUCGGAGAGUUCAACACACCAAUUGCUUAUACAGACGGGUCACGAUCCGAACGCAUCGGUUCUUCAUCCGCAAGCACUGCUGACGCAUCUCGAGGUGCUAAAGAAAGCAACGGCCGUUAAGAUACACAUGUUCGACACAGAUUGGAGUCUUAGGGACAUGUGCAAUUCGCCAACUACUCCGAGUUUUGAAGGUCCUUAUUACAUAGAACAGAUCCUAAAGCAUCUUAUUCCGUGUUCCAUAAUAACGCCAUUAGAUUGUUUCUGGGAGGGGAGUCAGCUGCUGGGACCAGACUUUCCCGUUCAAAUUCCGAGUAUGGACGAACGCAUUACCUGGAGCACACUUAAUCCCUCAAAACUGAUGCAGUCCAUGAAGAAACAAAUGAGUGAUCAAACUAUACCCUUCGACUUUGACACGAUCGAACAGUACAUGAAGCGUGCGGCAAUUUCAUCAGGUUACACCGAAAAGCCAUGUCUGGAUCCCAAAAACCCUCAGUGUCCCGAAACUGCACCGAACAAAAACAGUGAUUUUCCCUUGGAUGUUGGUGGAAUACUGACUGGGGGCUGCUACGGAUUUGCCGCCAAAUACAUGCAUUGGCCGGAGGAGUUGAUCGUGGGUGGUGUGCAACGAAAUCGCACCGGCCACUUGAAAAGGGCCAAGGGUAUUCAGACUGUGGUGCAGCUGAUGACGGAGAAGGAACUGUUUGACUUCUGGAAUGAAAACUACAAAGUCCAUCACAUUAGCUGGACCCCGGAGAAGGCGGCAGAGGUCUUAACUGCCUGGCAACGAAAUUUUUCCAAAGAAGUCGAAAACAUUAUGACCGGCGCUAGCAUGUCCAAGAAGUACAACGUUUAUGUGUUUUCGUCCGCCACUUUGGACGACAUUUUAGAGAAGUUCUCGAACCCCAAACCUUUGAGUAUUCUAAUUGGAGUUAUUGCUACCGUUAGCUAUGCAUUCUGCACACUCAUUCGUUGGCGAGACCCAGUGAAGGGACAGUCCAGCGUCGGAGUAGCUGGCGUAUUAUUGAUUGGCUUUUCAACAGCUGCGGGAUUGGGCUUGUGCGCCAUAUUGGGCAUUGUCUUCAAUGCGGCCAGCACACAAGUUGUGCCCUUUUUGGCAUUGGGACUUGGAGUUGAUCAUAUAUUCAUGCUUACUUCUGCGUAUGCAGAAAGCAAUCGCAAGGAGCAAACUAAAUAUAUUCUCAAGAAAGUGGGUCCCAGCAUACUGUUUAGCUCUUGUUCUACUACAGGAGCGUUUUUCGCGGCUGCCUUUAUACCGGUGCCUGCCCUGAAAGUUUUCUGCCUUCAGGCGGCAAUUGUUAUGUGUUUCAAUCUGGCUGCGGCCUUGCUGGUGUUCCCAGCCAUGAUAUCGCUAGAUCUGCGAAGACGGACUGCUGGCCGUGCGGAUAUUUCGUGUUGUUGUUUUCCCAUAUGGAAAGAACAACCAGUCAAUCCCUUUCAACAGAUCCAAAAUAAUAAUCCCUUGAAGAAUUCACGAGGCAGUUUAAGAGGGUCAGCGACCAUACAAAAUAAAGUCUGUAAAAACGGCCGACCGACGUCGCCUACAGUCAACGCUGCAAGACAAGAAGAAGCCUUGCUGUCCUGCUCCGCAGAGAAAAACUUACCUUCCUUCUCGCUUGCUAAAUUUGCCGUGAAAUACUAUACGCCCUUCCUCAUGAAGAGCUGGAUUAAAUUCAUUGUUAUUACAUCGUUUGUGGGUACGGUCAUCUUUAGUCUGUACGCCUCAACAAAGCUGCAAGAUGGUUUGGAUUUGAUAGAUUUGGUGCCCAAGGACACAAACGAAUACAAGUUCCUGAAUGCUCAAACGUCGAUGUUCGGUUUCUACAGCAUGUACGCCGUCACGCAGGGAAACUUCGAGUAUCCCAACAAUCAACGUCUUCUGCACGAAUACCACGAAGCCUUUGUUCGUGUACCCCACGUUAUUAAGAAUGACAAUGGUGGCCUACCCGACUUUUGGCUGUCUCUCUUUCGGGAUUGGUUGAGAAAUUUGCAGAAAAUAUUCGAUCGCGAAUUCAAAGAAGGCUGCAUCAAUCAAGAGGGUUGGCAUCCUAAUGCUACCAGCGACGCGAUACUAGCCUACAAGCUUCUGGUGCAGACGGGUCAUGUGGACAAUCCGGUCGACAAGUCAUUGGUAGUACAACAUCGUUUAGUCGACAACGAGGGAAUAAUUAAUCCCAAAGCGUUCUACAACUACCUAUCGGCAUGGGCGACAAACGACGUGUUUGCGUAUGGUGCUUCGCAGGCUAAAUUGCAUCCGGAGCCGCGCCAAUAUUAUCAUGUUCCAACGGAAACCGACUUGAAGAUACCGAAAUCGCUGCCUCUUGUGUAUUCGCAGUUGCCAUUUUAUCUGCAUGGCUUAACGGAUACAUCUGAAAUAAAGUCAUUAAUCGGCCACAUCCGGGAGUUGAGCAUGCGCUUUGAGUCGAGAGGCUUGCCUAACUAUCCAUCUGGCAUUCCAUUUAUAUUCUGGGAACAAUACAUGACCUUGAGGUCCUCCUUGGCCAUGAUUUUGUCGUGUUGUGUUGUUGUGGCUUUUGUUCUAGUCUGCAUUCUUCUGCUGUCGAUAUGGGCGGCUGUAUUGGUUAUACUGAGUGUUUUGGCAUCUCUGGCACAAAUUUUCGGAAUUAUGGCGAUAUUGGGAAUCAAGUUGUCGGCAUUACCCGCUGUUAUUCUUAUACUAAGUGUGGGCAUGAUGCUUUGUUUCACCGUUCAUAUAACUUUGGGAUUUCUAACUUCUGUUGGAAAUCGGGAACGGCGUGUUCUACUUUCCAUGCAGGUUACCUUGGGACCGUUAACACAUGGAAUCCUUACAUCGACACUGGCCGUCUUCAUGUUAUCUACCUCCCCAUUUGAGUUUGUCAUCCGCCACUUCUUUUGGCUUCUCUUAGCUGUACUUUGCGUAGGGGCAUUCAACAGUUUGGUCAUGUAUCCCAUUGUAUUGAGCAUGGUUGGACCAGCAUCGGAACUCAUACCACUGGAACACCCAGAUCGCAUUUCCACGCCAUCACCGCAAAUGUCUCGGAACGGCAAAAGAACGAGUAAGAAUAUCGCAAUGGGUUCGAUGCGAUCUUCGUCACGUACUUGUCAGAAACCCCAUUAUAAUUAUAAGGACAACAAUGACCCCUCGCUGACAACAAUUACCGAGGAGCCACCCUCUUGGAAAUCAUCCAACUCGUCAAUUCCGAUGAACAAUGAGUGGGCUGCCACGAAUGGGGGACAUUAUGGCAACAAUAUCAAUUACGCAAACAAUCUCAACUACCACCAUGCAUCCGCAUCCGGCACGCCAAGGGAUGCUCCGCCGAAUUACAUGCGCCAACACUCAGGAAAUGCGCAGCAACAGCAACAUCGUUACCACUACAAUCAGCCGACAGCUUACAAUCCUCAUCACACAACGCCACCACAAGCACCACCCCAAUACCAUCACAACCAACAACAACCACCACCACAACCACCGCCGCCUUGUUCGUCCACCACGACCCCGAAUAACGCAUCCUCGGUCGGUUCGCAUCAAGCUCAUGGCUCGAAUGUGCAUGAAAGCAAUGUCGGCAUGGAGAACUUUCCACCCGAACUACAAAGCAUCGUUGUACAACCGGAAGUUACAGUCGAAACGCAUCACUCCGACUCAAACUCCACGAAAGUAACUGCCACCGCAAAUAUAAAGGUCGAAUUAGUUACCCCAGCCCGAUCGAUGCGCAGGUACAACUUCACAUCAUCGUAGCAAUAAGACAACGCUCAACCAAAUCCCUCCAACAACAUAACUACAAUUAGAUAAUUUAAAACUAUUUAUUAUUACAAAUAAAACUACUUGUACUAACUAACUUUUUAAGAAUGUUCCAUUGUGUAUAUAAGUGUAUAUAUGUAUCAAAAAUGAAAUUGUAACCAAUGCUCGAAUAGAAUUUAGACCUGAUUUUACACCAAAAUAUUCACUAAUAAAAAUAGCUAACUCGCUCCCUAUGGGACGAAAUACAAAACGACGUUAGCAAUACGUUGAGGACUUGGCAGUAACAUUGGCCAGCAGACUGUUUUUAUGUUAUGUUAUUCUUUCCUACGCGUUCGCUUUUAUCUUAUGUUGUCCGCAUUGCACGACAAUGGUAAUUACUCGUGGCGACUGAUGCCAUAUACCAUCAAUUCAUGCUGUCAAUCAAAAUUUACAUGUUUCCGAUUCAUAUCCGACGAUUGCCUAAAUUAGAAACUGAAUGUAAUUUAUAUGUACAUUUUCCUUACAUCUCUUAACUUGGUAUUUUUUUUACUUGUUUAUAGCAUUUGUAAAAAAUAAAAUUUGUAAGUAGAAUAAAAAUUUCAUAAACAACA